GCAGGGGUUUCAGAAGAAGGGAGCAGCAGGCUCAUCAGCGACAGAAGGUGGUGGUUGCAAAACAUUGGACAAAGCAGUGAGGUCGUUGUAGAGCCAAGGGGCUGUUUGGGGGCGUCUUCCGAUGGCUUCUUCCUUGGCCUUGAGGGCGGGCGCAAGCACAUUGUCGCUAUCACAGACCAGCUGCUCAAGCAGGACAGCGCAGAGGCAGAAUGUGGCUCCUGUCAGGGCUACACCGCUGAUGUCACAGUUCUCUGGCAGCAGCGUCGCGCCUUCCUUCGGGCAGAGCAGCUUCACAAGGAAUGAGGUGAUGGCGGAUUGCAAUGCAAAGAAGAUGGGGAUUGAGAAGGCAGCCAUGGGCAGGACUCAGAUGAUGAUCCAGGUCCAGAGCUACGUGACUGUUGCAGACAACAGCGGGGCGAAGCAGCUUAUGUGCAUCCGGGUGCUCGGGGGCUCCAACCAACGGUAUGCCGGGAUUGGGGACGUAAUCGUCGCCGUCGUUAAGGAUGCGAUGCCGAACAUGGCAUUGAAAAAGUCGGAAGUCGUUCGCGCCGUGAUCGUCCGGACGCGCCACGGAGUUCGGAGAGAGAGCGGAAUGAGGAUCCGGUUCGACGAUAACGCGGCCGUGAUCAUCAAUGCUGAGGGGAACCCGAGGGGCACCCGCGUUUUCGGGCCUGUCGCUCGGGAGCUUAGAGAAAAGAACUACCUAAAGAUUGUUUCUCUGGCUCCGGAGGUGCUCUGAGCGGGCAGAGCCAGACGGACGAACGUUUUGGUAAGGUAUGGUACCAUGGGAAAUCUUUCGUGCUCGUGGGGGGCUCUGCUAUUGACGCAUGUUCAGACAGUGCCUUCAAAAGGUAUACAGUCGAGCUGGGAUUAUAGAUUUGGGUUGGGGCCAUCCAACAAUGUGCACUAACACUGCGGCUGAAGGAGGAUUACAAAGACUCUUGGUUGUUGGGACAAGAAAUCGCUCGAUGCGGAUUUUAUGAUCUGAUACGGUGAGCCUGGCUGACGGCAAUGUACACUUUGAGCAGCGUUGGCUAUCGUUCUGGCCUGCUUCGUGAAGCAUACUAUCUUCUGUGUAUCUGUCAAUCAAUCGUCGCAGUGACGCAAUAUAGGCGGCUAGGCCUCAUUUUCACAAACCCCGAAAUCAAACACUGGCAUGUUAUUUUACCG